AUGAGUCUUGCUAUGGGGACACCAGUUGAGACACAAAGAGAGGUGUCUCUGAGAUCUCGCGUCGUCUGGUCUUUCUGGGUGAUCAUCCUCUUACUCGGCCUUCCGACAUGGUGGGCAACCACAUCCAUCGAACGUGCCUCCCUGCCCUCUGACUUGAUGUUGGCGAGCCACGAUGAUCUGUGGUACUCAAUACCUGUGUGUCUCAGUUCUGCCUCUAUCGCAAAAAACGAGCUCGCCAAGUUGGCCUGGGAGACGCAGAAGCUAGCCAAAGGCCAACAAUUUCUAUUCAAAUUCCAUGUCCAGGCGCAGAAUCAAUGCCAGCAAGACGCUGUGACAACUCUUAUUACCAUUGCGGAAGGGGAAGAUUAUGAUAUCCAGUACUCGUCUCGGUCCGCAUCCUUCGAAGCUCGCUACCCAGAAGGUGGCAUGCCGAGCCUCCCUUUCCACCUAGCCACCUUCCUGCAGUCGGCCUUCCUCGAAGAACAUGCUUCAGUAGCAUAUCAGCUGUUUACGAGUGGCAAGAGCAAUGAAGACAUACAGAGCUUUAUACAAACUCUGCCACAGGACAUGACGAACAAUAUACAAAAAGCUGCCAAUAGGGCUUUCAAGCCGGGCUCUAACUACCAUCUGUCCAUCUCCCUGUUCACCGCUGGCUCAGCUCCCUCGAGUUGGGACAUCCGACAAGCUCUUGACACUUAUAUCGAGCCGAUCGUGUAUGCCUUGUCCUCGACCAGCAACAUUUCUGUCGCUUCCCAAGUCCAGCUUUACUCUUCAUUUUCACCUUCGGUACAGCCACAGCAGAGAGAUUCUACGUGGAGAUUGAAGAAGGAGGACCUGACCUCAUUCGUCAAUACUGCUGAGUGGCCGCUAUCUCCCUCGAUCGGACAAGGCCCGACUAUCAAUUUUAUUACUUAUGUGCCAGCCAAGCAGUUCAUUCCUUUGCUGCUAGAUGACAAUUCGACAAAUUCCUGGCUUGUGCCACAAUGGGGCGGCAUUACCAUACUGAAUCCUCCUCUGAGAAGCAACGAAGAGUCGGAGCUCGAGUCAGAAGUUCUUCCUGAUCAUCUUGAUCAUGCCUCGCUUGUGCCGGCUUUUGAGAGCUUUCAGACCCAACUCUUACAGCUACUUGGUGUACCUCAAUCCACUAAGCUGCCUCUCCAAGAACGACUCAAAUCCUUCCAAAGACUCUCUGCUCUAUCGCUGUACCUUCGUACCUCUUCCAACCUAGGUUCACUUGCCAGACUGGCUCAACGUCUGAGCAAUAUUCCAAUACCGAGACAUGUAUUGCGUUCUGUCGACAGCGCCCUUGCCCGCCUCAGCGUCUUUCAGCAAUGCCUCACAACAAGUACUACCGGUGAAUCGUGGUCAACUUGUUUUACUUCGGCCAGAGCAGCUUUCGUUGAAUCUGAAAAGGCCUUCUUUGACAAAUCAAUGGUUGGCCAGGUCUACUUUCCAGAUGAACAUAAGGUCGCUGUCUACCUACCUUUGCUUGGUCCAGUGGGUGUUCCUCUAGUAGUCGGCUUACUAGGAGAAAUGAAAUCUAUCAUUGGAAGGAGGAAACGUUGA